AGUCCCCUCUCCGCCCCUCUCAGGGUGUUCGUGGACGCGCUGAACUACAUUUCCCGGCUGUAACUGCUGCUCUCUGGCUCCCCCUGGUGGAGAGGAGCGGCAAAGCAGGCGCUGUCCAGUGUAUACGGAGUGGAGGACGGAGGUGACAGGAGUCGGGUGGAUGCCACUGCUGGGACCAAAGAGACAUGACGGGUGAAUGGUCAGACUGGAUGGACGGAUGUACAGUGACAUGGGCGCUGGUCCUGGGUUUCCUGGGGCUUCUGUAUUGGUAUUCUGUGUCGGCAUUCUCUCAGUUGGAAAAGAUGGGGAUAAGACAUCCGAAGCCAAUCCCAUUUAUCGGGAAUGUUCUGCUCUUUCAGAAGGGAUUCUGGGAAGGAGCCAACAAGAUCAUAAAAUCAUAUGGACCAAUUACAGGAUACUACAUGGGUCGACGUCCGAUGGUUCUGUUAUCGGAUCCGGAAGCCAUCAAGCAAGUUCUUCAGAAGGACUUUUCAAAUUUUACUAACAGGAUGAAGCUGAAUUUGGUCACAAAGCCGAUGAGUGACAGCUUGCUGUGCCUGCGGGAUGAAACGUGGAAGCGUGUGCGCAGUGUUCUCACGCCCUCAUUUAGUGCGGCUCGCAUGAAAGAAAUGUGCCCGCUGAUAAACCAGGGCUGCGAUGAACUGGUCAGUAACUUGCAGCAGUAUGCAGACUCAGGAGAGGCGUGUAACAUCCAGAGAUGUUAUGCCUGUUAUACAAUGGACAUUGUUGCCAGUGUUGCAUUCGGUACAAAAGUGAACUCGCAGAAGGAUCCGGAUCACCCGCUGGUGCAAAAUAGCAAAAAGUUCCUGGAGCUGUUCAGCCCCUUAAAGCCAAUUGUCCUGCUGACACUGGCAUUCCCCUUCAUAAUGGUCCCUAUUAUCCGUUGCCUUCCCAACAAGAACCGUGACCAGAUAAACCGCUUCUUCCGCAAGACCAUCAGGGAGAUGAUCGCCCUUCGAGACCAGCAGCCAGCUAACGAGAGACGCCGUGAUUUCCUUCAGCUCAUGCUGGAUGCCCGAGAUGCAGCGGCACUCUUUUCUGUAGAUCACUUUGACAUCGUGAACCAAGCUGACCUGUCAGCUCCACACAGGGGGAAUGAGGAGACUACAAAGAAAUCAGCAAAAAGGCUGGAUGAGGAUGAGAUCCUGGGCCAAUCCUUCAUCUUCCUAAUCGCUGGAUACGAGACCACCUGCAGCCUUCUGUCCUUUACCACCUACCUGCUGGCCACCCACCCACAGUGCCAGGAGACGCUGCUUAAAGAGGUGGAUGAGUUUUCUGAAUUGCAUGAUGGUGCAGACUACAACACAGUUCAUGAUUUGCCGUAUAUGGACAUGGUGAUUUCCGAAUCCCUGCGCAUGUAUCCUCCCGCAUUCAGGUUUGCUCGUGAAGCUGGCAGAGAUUGCACGGUGUUGGGGUGUAAGAUACAAGCUGGAACGGUGGUGGAAAUUCCCAUCGGCUGCAUUCAAAAUGAUCCACAGUACUGGCCAGAGCCGGAGAAAUUCAGACCAGAAAGGUUCGCAGCAGAAGAGAAGCAGAAGCGACACCCAUUCUCCUACCUUCCAUUUGGAGCAGGGCCACGCAGCUGUAUUGGGAUGAGACUCGCCAUUCUGGAAGCCAAAAUCACUCUUUACCGUGUCCUGCAGAAAUUCCGCUUUGAGACCUCUUCUCGCACUCAGAUUCCCCUCCAGGUCACCGCUAUGUCCACUUUGCGGCCUAAAGACGGGGUGUAUGUGAAGGUUGUGGCUCGUUAGCGUCUCCUGCAGGCAACAAGGUGAUCCAGAUAAUGGCAAGAGAAGAAGAAACUGACCUAUCAAACUGCAAAUUAAACUGAAUGUAAAGUGAAUAUGUGCUAUCCCCUAGAACAGACUUUGUAGAAUGGAUCGCUAAGCAGACCCUCAAAUUUCUCAGAUGUGACACCCCAGGAUGGUACAGAUCUUCAUUGAAAUGGUUUUCCCAUCACUUGCCACCUAAAACUGAUUCAUUAUCAUUAACAUGAGGCUCUGAACCUGCAGGUCAGGAACCAAAAAUUCAAGUGGGUUGUUCCAUACAGGAGAUUUACUCAUUAUAUUUUACAGUGAGAGCAUGCCCCCAUCUAAUUGUAGUUUUUAGUAGAUUAUAAAGAAAACACUCUCUCUGACACUUAGUGCAGUUAGAAUCGCCAUGCAACCCAAUUUUCAAAAGAAACUGCCGCUUGUCCUAGAUCAUUUUUCCUUUUCUCCAAAUCAUGAUUUCUGUCCAUUCAGUGCUAAGAUGUACACACCACAAAGCACAGUCCUGCCUACCAUGGUAGUAGAACUGAUUUCUCUCUGCUGCAGGUAAAUUACAUUUAGGCUGCAUUCACACCUGAGGUUUUCAAAGUCUCGCAUUUUUACAGCCAUUUUUGUACAGGUCACCAAUGUAAAAAGCAGAAAAAAGCUUGUAAUCUCCCCAAAGAAGCUCAUGUUCUUUUUUGAACUUAAGGCGUUUUUUCAAACAAAACUAAACUCCCAUAAAAGCUGAAAAAACAAUCCUAAACACCUGUGUUUUGCUGCGCUUAACAGCUUUAUGGUAUUUUUACAGCUGAAAAACUGUUCUUUAACCGCUUCCCGACCGCCGCAUGUAGAUAUACGUCGGCAGAAUGGCACGU